AUGGGCGAAACCGCGGCUUUUUGUUGUUGUUUCUUGUUCACAUUUUUUGCCGCUUUUCUCCUCCAAGCCAUUGGAUUCUUCUCUCCUUACUGGGUGAAAUGGAAAGAAUGCGAUGCUCAAGGACUUUUCACCUUUUCAACAUCCAAUUCAGCUAAUGAAUGUGUCAAGAAUGGUGAAUACAUCAGUCCAGCAGCCCUGGGACUGCAAGCUUCGUCACUCACCAUUUAUUUGAUGUUCUGGACAAUUUUGUGCUGUAUUGGCAAGGAUAAAGAUGAAGAGUUUGAUUGUUAUGAACUCUAUGGCGGAUGCUUCAUUCUGUUGUAUCCAAUAGCAGGAAUAUUGAGCAUCGCCGGAUGUGUUGUGAUGGGGAACAUUGACGUGUCUGAAUUCUCGUUCGGCUGGUCUUACAUCCUGUGUCUCACCAGUGGCAUCUAUGUCAUAAUUCAGGUCAUUGUGGCAUGUGGGUACAUCUACAAGACAAGGAAGGAUAGCGAUGGGGACGUUUCAAGUCCGCAACAGACUCCUAUCACUGUUGCUACUACGGGGGCGAGCGGGCAGCUAAAUUUAAGAUACGAUGGCCAAGACCGGCAUGUGGCGGUGACUGUGACAGAAAAGGAAGAGUUAGCGAUGUCAAACGGAAUCAUGUUCCUAAGGAAGAUGAGAAUCAUGCAGGUUGUUGGUCUUGUUCGCUGA